UACGCCGCCCGCAUGCAUUUGGGAAACCCGGAAGGGGAUUGUCGGGUUGCUCUACACAUGGCCGGAUAACUACCAUGGCUGAGGAGAUUGCUGGAAAGGCCUAUUUGAUACAGGAGUAGUCGUCUAGAAGAGGGAAGAGCACCCAUGUGAUGAUCGUGUGUCAGGUACUGUGAGAGCUUGAAGGGAUUGCAGUUAAACCGCCUGCGCUAUCGAUCGCCCGGAAGUUAUUACCUCUUAACAACACAGUGGUAAAUUGUUUAAAUUGUACGGGACCCGACGGUUGGUGGUUGUCUGGUUGAGGUUGUGCGAGCCAAGUCGGUGCCCACAAAAUGCCUCCCUGAAUGCCAGGCUUAUGGCACCGCCACCAUGUGCCCUGCACCUUCCUCACCUUUCUUCAAGCGAGCUUCGCUUCAUUGUCUAGAUAGACAUAUCUCGACAUUGAGAGGAAUAUUCUUUAAUGAAACAAUACCUCCACUAUUUACAGCCAUCCGUCCCAAUUCCCUCUUCCCCCUGACCGCAACCCCCCGGUUGCCUACCAACCCCUCAACCACUGGCCUUGUCCUUGACCGCCCUCCCAAUACUCUCAUCAUCACGGCUCUUUCCCUUGACACCCGGCGUGUGCAGCCCCCCGGUCACGUCCUCGGGCUUGGACCUGCUGCUUUCCUUGCCGAGAUCCGCCAUCUUCUUGGGGUCCUUGGCCUGCUCUUCGGCUUGCACCUGGUCCUUGUUUUGCAUGUGGGGAGACUCCGAGGAGGAAUGUCCGUAGCCCGAAUUCCCGGAGGCUCUUGUCGAGGAAGAGGUAGAGAAGAGGGAAAGGGGCCGGCAGAAGGUGCGUUGUUGACCAAUGGCGGCCUGGGACACAAAGGCCCUCCUCGCGACGGUUUGCCGGGCGAACAGCAUGGUGUAUUGUACCUGCCGGGGUAAUAUCAGAUCGGAUUGGUGUGGAUUGGUUUUGCGUGCUAGGAAAGUUGUACAGAGGUGUGGUAUGACUGGAAGGGAAAAUUGUCAUGCUCUGGGUGAAGACGGAUGGACUGCCUUUAUAUAGAGGAUCUGCUGUGGUGGGAAUU